AUGGAGGCGGCCAAAAUGCAGAAUCUCGUGGACCACGAGGACGAGAUCUACAGCAGGCCGGCGCGCACCUGGUUCCAGUCCGAACGCGAGAAGCAGGCAGUCAAGGAGGGCGCCAAGGCGGCCGCCGAGGGCCGUGCACCACCCAGCGGCUCCGCACAGCAGCAGAAGGCGGCGAAGGGCGACGCGAAGAGCAAGAAGCGUGAGAAGCUCAAGGAGAAGCGUGCGGCCGAGGCGGAGGCGGGGAAGAGGGACGGGGGCGUGCUGGCGGAGACCGAGGAGCACACGCGGCGCGUGAAGAGCAUCAAAUCCAAGACGCGGGAGCUGCAGUUGCAGGGGCUGCCGGCCAACAAGGCGGCCAAGAUCGCGGCGGCGGCGGUCACAGGCACUAGCGCCAAGAAGCGCCCCAAGAAGAAGGCCAAGACUGGCGGCGACCUCUUUACGGGCGACGGGCUCAACAAGCCCGGCGGCGGCGGCGGCGCCGCGGGUUCUGGCGCGGCGGGCGGCGCCGGCGGCAGCGGCGGCGCGCGCGGCGGCAAGGCGGCGGGCGCCAAGGGCGCGGGCAAGGGGCUCAGCAGGACAGAGCUCAACCGGGUGAAGAGGGGCGGGAAGGGCAAGGCGGCGUUCAAGUCCAAGAAGCGGCACAAGCGCCGGUGA